AUGGGGACGCCCCAGCAGCCGGGGUGGCAUCAGAACACGCUGAUUCCAUCAGUGCAUACAGAUGGAGAAAGAGUGCUGGUGGGACUCCGGCAGGCACAGGAUGACUGCAGGGCUGGGUCCUGCCACCCGGCCGUUGGGGACCUCCUCCUGGGUCGCAGCAAGCAACUAGUGGCCUCUUCAACCUGUGGAGUGAACAGCCCCCAGAAGUACUGCAUUAUAGGCUACCUUGAGGCUGAACAGAAGUGCUUUGUUUGUGAUUCCAGGUAUCCAUAUAAUCCCUAUACUCAACACAACAGCCACAUGAUUGAAAACGUUAUCACAACUUUUGAGCCAGAGGAAAAAAAAUGGUGGCAGUCAGAAAAUGGUGUUGACCAUGUCAGUAUUAGACUGGACCUAGAAACUUUAUUCCAGUUCAGCCAUCUCAUCCUGACCUUUAAGACAUUUCGGCCCGCAGCAAUGCUGGUUGAGCGCUCCGUCGACUUUGGUCAGACCUGGAAAGUGUUUAGGUAUUUUGCACAGGACUGUGCAGCUUCUUUUCCCAACAUCUCUUCUGGUCCAUCAAAAGGUGUGGGAGACGUCAUUUGUGAUUCAAGAUAUUCAGACAUUGAGCCCUCCACUGAAGGCGAGGUUGUCUUAAAAGCUUUGGAUCCUAGCUUUGAAAUAGAAAACCCAUAUGUGCCAUAUAUCCAAGAGCUCAUUACAAUGACAAACCUAAGGAUCAAUUUUACCAAACUCCAUACCCUCGGGGAUGCUCUUCUUGGAAGAAGGCAUGGUGAUCCCCUUGAGAAGUACUACUAUGCUGUCUACGAGAUGGUUGUGCGGGGCAACUGCUUUUGCAAUGGCCAUGCCAGCCACUGUGAUCCCAUACAGAAUCUGCGGGGUGAUGUCUUUCAUCAGCCUGGCAUGGUGCAUGGGCGAUGUCUCUGCCGCCACAACACUGAAGGCUUGUCCUGUGAAAGAUGUAAAGAUUUCUACAACGACGCUCCCUGGAGGCCAGCUGAAGGGGCACAAAACAAUGCUUGCAAACGCUGUAACUGCAAUGGCCACUCUGGCAGGUGCCACUUCGACAUGGCUGUGUACCAGGCCAGUGGUGGGGUCAGCGGUGGGGUCUGCGAGGACUGCCAGCACAACACCACAGGGCAACACUGUGAUCAGUGCAAGCUCUUCUUUUACCAGGAUCCACACAAAGCCAUCUCGGACCCUCACGUAUGCCUCCCCUGCAGCUGUGACCCAGAGGGCACACUGCACCAUGGUGCAUGUGAGAGCCGCACAGACCCUGUGCUGGGAACGGUGGCAGGCCGGUGCCCGUGCAAGGAGAACACGGAGGGUGUCCGCUGUGACAAGUGCAAGGCCAACCACUUCGGGCUGAGAGGCAGCGACCCACAGGGCUGCCAGCCCUGCAACUGUGAUGCUGCCGGUACUUUGCCUUUCUCCGUCUGUGACCCUGCCACUGGGGAGUGCCUCUGCCAGCGGUUCACCACGGGCCGGCGCUGUGAGAAAUGUGUUGAGGGAUACUGGGGUCUUGGCAAGAGCGUGUAUGGCUGUUCUCCAUGUGACUGUGACAUUGGUGGAUCCCAGGAUAACUUGUGCUCACCAGAGGACGGUCAGUGCAAGUGCCUUCCCAACAUCGUGGGCCGCCAGUGCAAUAAGCCAGCCCCAGGCUACUUCUUUUUGCCCCUGGAUUAUUAUAUUUAUGAAGCUGAGCAUGCAACGCCCCUUUCUGGUUCUGCACCCUUGGGCGCAGAUGAGCAAGGACAGGACCCGGCCCUGGAGGUGGUUUUCAGGCAGCCCAGCGCUGGCCGAACUGUCACCUGGACAGGCCCUGGCUUUGCCCGUGUCCCCAGUGGAGCUGGGCUGAGAUUUGCCAUCGACAACAUUCCCCUGGCUAUGGACUUCACUAUCACAAUCCGUUAUGAGCCAGAGGUAUUAUGUGAGAGCAGGCAUACGAGAGUAGGUGGGAGGGCAGGGAGAGCUCUCAGCACCUCACAGAUUGCCUUGUCUUACUCUGGCUGUGAUAGUGCUGUCUCUCUGCUAACCAGGAUUGCCCUGCUGCAGACCCCAGUCUGCCUGGAGCCAGGAACCCAGUACUCUGUGGAUGUGUACUUUUCUCAGCCCUCUGCCUCUGACCCAAAGGCUAAACCAUUCAUCUUGAUUGACUCUCUUGGACUUAUUCCCAGAAUCAACUCCAUGGAGAACUUAUGCAGCAAAAAGGAUUUAGAUGACUACCAGAAAUAUCACUGUGUCGAAAUUGCAUCAGAAGUUGGACCUCAUGUGCUGCCCGAGGCGUGUGCCCGGCUAAUAGCCAGCAUGUCAGCACGCCUUCACCAUGGUGCUGUUGGUAAGGCCUGCGUGCAGGCAGCUGCCUGGGCACUGCUUUUUUCCCUUCAGUUUGUUGGACAUUUGGAUGAGGGCUCUGAGGUGGUGUACAUCAAUGAAGCCCAUACGGGCAUGCAGGAUAUCCAACCCUAAGCAUGCCACAAACAUCUUCAUGUGGCUUGGCUAUUGAAAAGCCAAGGCUCUUGAAGCCCAUCUCAUGAUGGAGA